GAUAAAACAUAAUAGGAGAAGCUUGGACUUGCUUUGCCUUUCUUUUUUUGGCCCUUUAGUGACUCCUCAGCCACUGACUCUUUUUCCUGUGUCGGUUUUUGAUUCUUCUGGCUGCAGAGAGAGGAGACACAAUGUUAACCCUCGUUGUGUUCUUGCUUUGUACAGCCUCAUGUGUCUCAGCUUCAGCCAAAGGUGGUGCUGCUGCUGGACCCCGGCUGAACAACAACCAGCUGUACAAAUUCAGCUACACCACCGAGGUGCUGGUGGAUAAGACUAGGGGGUCAAAAGAGGGCAGUGCUGGCUACAGGAUCUCCAGCGAUGUGGACGUCAACCUAGUUUGGAGAGAUCCCAGCAGCAAAGAUGAACAACUGAUUCAGCUGGUGAUCUCAAAUGUGAGGCUCAACCCUGCGUCCCGGCGAUCAGAGAAGAAGAACGUCCUCCAUGGAUCCACAGCAGAAAGCGUUUUGGGGAAGACUAAAUUAGCAGCUCUGACAAAACCUUUCUUACUGCAUCUGAGAAAUGGAAAGGCAAAAGCAUUUUAUUCCUACUGGGCCGAACCUGCAACCAUCAAGAACCUUAAAAGAGGGCUGGCCAGCUUACUGCAAGUACAGCUCAAAACUGGGAAGGUUAUAGAGAAUGAUGUGUCUGGAAGGUGCACAGUUGAGUACAAGGCGGUCAAAGGUCAAGUGACAAGAACCAAAAUCCUGGAGACCUGUAAGACAGCAGAGACCGGAUUCACCACACACAGUCAGGUUAUGGGUGUGAGUAAGAAGUCCAGUUCUGUUACAGUGUUCACACUCGAAGAUGGUUUCAUCCGCUCGGCCGUGGCUGACGAAACACACUCACUGGCUGUCAACACCCACAGAUCUACUGCAGCCAAAGUCGUGUCCAAGCAAACCCUCACAUUGGUAGGGACAGAGGCUGGACCGCUGGAAGUUGCUGGGAAAGAUGUGGCUGGUGUUGUCAAGUCAAUCGAUGCCAAACUGGCUGCUGUUGGUAUUGUGGCGGAGAAGGUCAAAUCCCAGUGCAAGGGCUGUCCAUCACUUUUUGAACAUUGGCAGACUCAACAGAAGCUGCUGGAGCCAGCAAGCCUGUCCAAAGCCACGGCUCCUCGCAGCUUCCUGGCCCUCAUCCAGGGCAUUAGGAAGGCGUCCAAGGACGAGAUCCUCAAAGUGCUGAAGAGUGCCAGCAAGACAUCUCUACCUCAGGUGGUGGAUGCUGUGACCUCCUCCCAGACCACUGCAUCUCUGGAUGCCAUGCUUGAAUUUCUUAACUUCACCGACACCAAAGGUUUGGUUCUGCAGGAGAGAUUUCUCUAUGCAUGCGGCUUUGCUUCACAUCCCAAUGAGAGGAUGCUCCAGGCUCUGCUGGAUAUUUCAAAUGGAAAGAUUGGCAGCACUGACAUCAAAGAGUCAGUAGUGAUCAUUAUGGGAGCCCUGGUCCAUAAGCUUUGUCAGAAAGGAGGGUGCAACUUACCGACAGUGGUGCAGGUGAAGAAGCUGCUUCUUGACGGUCCUGAAAGCACACAGGUAGAGUCCGAGGUCCAGAUGUAUCUUCUGGCUCUGAAGAACUCUAUGCUUCCGGAGGCUAUUCCCAUCUUCACCAAAUAUGCAGAGUCAGAAUUGGGAGCUUACAGCACCAUCGCCCUCACUUCUCUGCAGAGAUACGAUGUCAAACUCAUGACCAAUGAGGUGAAGCAGACAGUGAACAGGGUUUACCACCAGAAUCGAAGGAUCUAUGAGAAAAAUGUGAGAGCUGCUGCUGCUGACGUCAUCCUCAGUAGCAACCCGUCAUACAUGGAAGUCAAGAAUCUGCUUCUGUCUAUUGGAAAUCUGCCUCAUGAAAUGAACAAGUACAUGCUAUCUAAGAUCCAGGAUAUCCUCCACUUCCAGUUGCCUGCCAGCAAAGUUAUACAACAAGCUAUGAGGGACAUGAUUUCCCAUAACUACGAUCGUUUUGCAAAGGUUGGGUCAUCGUCUGCAUUCUCGGGAUUCAUGGCACAAUCUGCUGAUGUGACGUCCACAUACAGUUUGGACAUCCUGUAUUCAGGCUCUGGGAUCCUGAGGAGAAGCAACAUGAAUAUGUAUGGUGCUAGUAAAGGAGCAACGCUACAUGGGCUACAGGUGGCAAUUGAGGCCCAGGGUCUGGAGUCACUGAUAGCUGCCACACCAGACCAGGGAGAGGAAGACCUGGAGUCGUUUGCUGGAAUGUCAGCUCUGCUGUUCGGCGUCCAGCUGCGGCCCGUCACCUUCUUCAAGGGUUACAGUGACCUCAUGUCCAAAAUGUUCUCCAUGAGCGGAGAGCCUAUGAAUGUAGUGAAGGGUCUCAUCCUGUUGACUGAUCAUUCUGAGGUGAUCCAGCUGCAGUCCGGUCUGAAGGCGAGUGCAGAGUUCCAAGGAGGCUUAGCCAUUGACAUCUCUGGAGGCAUGGAGAUCAGUCUGUGGUACAGGGAGUCCAAGACCAGCGUCAACAACAGGGGAGCGUUAGUGGUCACUGGCAACGUUACAGUGGACAUGGACUUUAUGAGAGCGGGUGUGGAGGUCAGCUUCGAAACAGAGGCAUCGCUGGACUUCAUCACUACUGUCCAGUUUUCUAAAUAUCCUUUCCUGGUGUGCAUGCAGAUGGACAAAACUACCUUCCCCGUCAGUGAAUACCUGACCAAGUAUGAGAGCUUAUCAUCAGGGAAGAGCGUUGUGUCGCAUAAGAGCAAGAAGCAGCUCGUCCCUGGGUCUGAAUUCCCACUUCACCAGGAGAACUCAAACAUGUGCAAGAAGGUGUUUGACUCCAGCUGGUAGAAGAGAUACAGAGAACUAUCCAGGAACAAGAUGUCAUUCUUAUGGGCAGAGUAUUGUCACUCAAAGAAGGUUUAUUGCAUUCAGGGACAGCUAUCACACCUCAGCCUCAUGCAGUGAAAGACUGUAAGACAGAGAAGUGGUGAACAACACAUGCAAUGUUUACAUUCCUGUGAGUAUUUAAGUCAUUUUAAUUUGACAUUUUGUUUUGAAAUCAUCUUGAAUUGUCUUUUUAUGGAUUUCUUUCAAAUGUAUUUAUGAUAGGCACACACAGGAUGUAUGUUUUAUUUUGAUGGGUAAUACUCAGCAUGAAUAGUACCACUGUAAUUUUUCCCAGCAGAGUUACAGUAAAGAUUAACAUGUAAAUAUCACGCUGGAAACAGUGGGUUAACUUUCCGCAUGAACAGAAACGCUCCUUUCUGUCAACAUUCCUUUGUUUUUUAAUUAGAUGUGUUUACUAAGGAGGAGCAAUUUAUUGUUUUGUGUCACUGUAUCACUGUUCACACACUUGAAAUAACUUAUUUAGCAUAGUAUGAUCAAUUAAUUAAAUUCUUUUAUAAUCACGUUGGUCAUUUCUAAUUGUCUCUAUGGAUAGGAUGUGUGUGCAUUGUCUUUACUUUGUACUCGCAAGAUUUGAGGUGAAAAUUUAAUGUCCAAAAAUUAAUCCAUCAACACUUGAAUAUAUUUUUUGUACAUUGCUGUAAUUGCUCUGUUUGUCUAAAAACAUUUGGGUAGUUUUGAGACUACUGAGCUACUCUCAACUUGUGUUUCUAUAUGAAGGAAAUCAGUUUGUUAGAUCUGCAAUUGGCUGACAAUAAAUGUGC